GCUCCAUCUGUUCCCUCCGGCCAAGCAGCAGGUUCCCAACACCAAAGCCAGGUCUCUUAGCAACCGCACCCACAGGGGACCUAUUGUGACCCAUCAGACAGAAGCCUUGGCCCCUGCCUCUUGACUGGCGCACUGGCCACCCCACAGGUGAAGAGAUGGAUGGGCCAUGAGGUCUGGCUAUGCAGCCUUGGUGCUUGGUUCCCUGAUGCUGCAGAAGGACCUCAGUGGGGGACCCUCCCUCCGAACCCGGACUGCUCGGGAAGCAGAUGGAAAAGAUGGCCCUGUUGGCUUCUGCCCGGAGGGAAACCUGCUGUCCCAAUUCCAACACAUGUUGUGUUCACAAGGCUUCUGCUGGAUCUCAGAGACGACCUGGGGGUUCCCCUUGGCCGGAGCAGUCCUGCUGCUGCUCUGGCUGGGCUUUGAAAUCUGGACCUCCUCCUGCCUGGCCAGGUGGCAAGCCCAGCGUAGGCAGCCCGUCGCAACGGAGAGCCAUGCAGCGCAGCCCAGCUCUCCCUUGCCUGAAGCAGCAUGUGAAAAGGACUUUCCAGCCACACAAGCAAAACACUCUAGCUGCAUUUGUGGGAAGCAACUAACACCUGAUUCUGAAAGUUAUGAGCUGCCUUGUCAGGUGCACAGACAUCCGUACGAGCCCUGCCAAACUCCACGAAGUGUGUGUCAAGAUGAGAACUUAUACCAAAAGUACCUCCCCUGUCCACCUCCUUUAUUAAGGACCACCCUGAUUCUGCCAAAGCACUCCUCCUCCUCCUCCUCCCACUCUUCCUCUGGCUCCUCCUCCUGCUUGCCGCUCCUAAAACACUUGAACUUGUGCUGCUGUAUGGCUACAGAUGCUUCCUGGACAAUGCACGAUUCCUUGGAUGCUUCUGAAGCCAGCAGCUCUGAUUCUUCUUCCUCGGAAUCAGAAACCCUUUAUUUUCUGAAGAAAAAGAAACAACGUGGGUCAUCAUUUAUCCCUUUAUUCCCAGAAAGAUUUUCUGAAAUAAAAGGUGCACCGUUGCUUCCGGAGAGUCAUCCUGAAAUUAAGGGAGUCCAGCAGACAUCUUUUGCACAAAUAAACUUUGUCCAGAGCUCCACUUUUGAAAAGGAGGAUCAUGUCAUUUUGGUGGAGAAAUCUCUCGAAAUCCGCAUGGGACCUCUGCCAGCACCCACAGCCCCCGGCUCCCUUCCCAGGUUGAGGAUCGGAGAUAAAGAGGAAGCGGGAGAGAAACCUUCACCUCUCUCCUUGCUGGAUCAAAUGGCCAUCCAGUCUCUUGACCUCAGGGUGAAGGAGCAGAAAGAGGAAGUGGCUAAAACAACAGAGAAAUCCACCCCGAAACCUUCCUCUGAAAAAGAGGAAGAGCCCACUCCGCAGAAGGUGGCUGCAGACCCUGCAGGUGCCUUGCCUCCCAACUCAGAGGAAGUCCCAACUGUUCUAAAAGGAAUGGAUGAGAAAAGUAGAAACUUCUUGGAAUUUCACAUCAAGAAGAAAAUGGUUCAAAGACGGUGUGGAGUUCCCACUGUGGUCAUCAACUCUGUGAACCAGUUUCAAUCUGUGAAAAAAAAAUCCUUCCAUAGGGAUCUUAAAAAAACGAUGCAAAAUGUUUUACUAAUUCCAAGGGACGUUGAAGCUCCAGCGCACCCUCCCCUCCUCCCUAGAAACGCCAUGGCCAUCUACAUGAAAUCUAUUCAGGAGCCUCCAAGAGGCAAAGGGUACUAUGUUUUUCACAAAGCAAACCCAGAAGAAAUCAGAAAAGUGGGCUUCCCUGCUCCCGAGAAGACGCUAGGCCUUAAGCCAAGAGAUUCCCAGAGAAGCCAAAGAAAUGAUGUUCUUUUGUCAGUGGAGCCAGAAAAACUCCGGAAGCUCCUUUUCCAUUUAACAGUGAAAAUGGUGGAAAUUCAGAAGGGAGCCUUCCCUGAAAUGGUCGAGGACUCCCUCUGCACCUUCAGUAUCCUUUCUGUAAAGCCUCUGCCGAAGCUGAUCCGUUUUGGCAACAAAAUCUCAAGGCCCAAACACCUCUCACUGACCUUUCUGGCCAAAGAGGCGCUUUGCAUCAUUGACUUCAAUAUCAGCCACAAAUACAUGGUCUUCACCUGGGGAAUCCAAACGCUGCAUUCAAAACCCCCGGAAAAGGCCACCCCGGGCCUUUCAAAGGCAACCCAGUGUCCCAGCAGCCCGGAGAAGGGAGUUCCUCAGAAGCCCCCCAUUCCCAUACUGGUCCUGAAGACUCCUCGGAAGGGGGCCUCGACCCCCGGGGGGCCUGAAUCAAAGCAAAUUCUCCUGAUUCCAAAGCCCCAGGGCCCCCGUAUAGCCCCCCUGACUCCUGCAGAAGAACCUCAGGAUGUGCAGUUCACAGAACUCUUUAAGCAGAGCUGUUUGGCUCCCAGCACUUCCUCCAAAAAGGCCGAAGGACCCCCUCCCCAGUCACUGGCCAUGCAUCUUAGAGGUGUCUCCAUCCAGGAAACAGAAGCACCAGGUGAAGGGAUCCAGCCUAAGAAAACAGCUUUUGCCAUGCCUUGUCCUAAGAGCCAGGGAGCAGCUGAUAAAGGCAGUCCCAGCACCAAGCAAGAAGCACCGGGGGAGAAAAGGACUCUGAAAGCUGCAAACUUACAGGAGGAGCUACAAGACCGACUUACAGAUCUCCCAGCUCCCCUUAAGGAAGGAGAGAAGGAAGAUGGAAAAGAGGCAGGAAACAAGAAAGAGGGGGACCAGCAGGGAGAGCCAGAAGGCCUGCUGCCUUACAGGGCUCUCCUACCAACCUUCAAGAAGGGAGCAGGGGCAGGAAGCAAAAAAGAGGCAGAUGAACAGGCAAAGCCUUACAGGGCUGUCCCACCGUCCCCUGAGAAGGGGGCAAGCAAAAGAGACGGGGACAAACGGGGAGAGCUGGAGGGGACAAUGCACUACAGCUCCACCACAGCAGGGACUGGAAGCAAAACCGGCGAGAAUCAACAGGCGGAGCUGGAAGGAAGCAUGCAUUACAGGGCUCUCCCUGUACCGUCUGCUGAGAGGGGAGCAAACAAGAGAUAUGGGGACGACUGCGAAGAGCUGGAAGGGACAAUCCGUUACAGGGCUCCCUCAGAGACCUCCAAGAAAGUAGCAACAGCAGGAAGCCAAGGAGAUGCGGACCGACCGGCAGAGCUGGAAGGAAGCCUGCGCUAUGCCUCCACCGGAGCCGGGGCGAGAAGCAAAAAAGGCCGGGACGCUCAGGCGGAGCUGGAAGGGACGUUGCAUUACCGGGCUCUCCCCACGUCCGCGGAGAAGGGAGCGAGGGAGGAGCACCGACCGGCAGAGCUGGAAGGAACGAUGCGUUGCUCGGCUCUCCCGCAGCCGGCAGCCGAGGCAGGGGCAGUGGCAGUGGCAGUAAGAGCCGCAGCCGAAGGAGCAGGGAGCGCGCAGAGAUUCCCCACCCGCGCAAGCAAAGCCGGAGCACAGACGGACGGGAAAGGAGCGGCGGGGCUCAAGGAAGUCCGGACCGCCCGGAAGGGCAGGGAAAGAGCACCACGCGGAGAAGACCUGUCCCUCUCCGUGGGCCUGCAGGCGGCGGGCAGCCAGAGGGACGCGCCCCCCACGCGGGCCAGCCUCUUCCUCCGGCUGCACCUGACCCGGGAGAAGCUCCACCUGCACUUGCAGAAGCGGCUGGAGGCGGCGCUGCGGCCGCGGCAGAGGGCCGGGCUGAACCUCCGCGUGGAGACGGGCGCGGGGAAGCGUCGGGGGCCGCCGCUGCCCCGCCCCUUCUGCUACGCCUGCUCGGCCCCGGAGCGCCGCGGGGCCGCCGGGAGAACCGUGUGCUGGGCGCUGCCGCAGCGCAUCCUGGACAUGAGCGGCGGCCGGGUGCCGCAGGUGGCCCGCCUCGAGCGCCGGCCCGGGGAGCCCCGGAGAGGCGGCCCGCGGCGCCCGGCCAGACGGCGGCGGGGCGCUGGGCAAGCCCGCCAGGGGGAGACCGCGCCGGGGGCCAUUAAACCGUUUGCUUGACAACCGAGUCCAGAGGUGUCUUCCGGGAGCGCGGCGGCGGCCUGGCCUCCUCGGUCGGAGUUGGGCCCCGGGACUUCCCGCAGGCUCCGCCGGGCAAGACCACUUCCCGCCCGGCCACGAACGACAGGCAAAAGCGGUCCUGAGCGGUCGACUCCGGGACAACGGAGCGAGAACGCAUGCGCACGAAGACACUGCCGCACGCUCUUUUCGUGCGUUUGCGCAGCGCUGCAUCGCGACGCCCGGCCUGCCCUUACUUCGGAACCCUCUUCGGGGAGGAGCGUCUCGCGCAGGUAGGGAGGGUGCAUCUGCGCGCGGUUCUCGGGAGCGCCGCCAGCCUAGAUGGGAGCGAAGCGCCCCGUUCAACGCAGGCGCGGUGGCCAAGUGAACCAUGCAGAAGCAGAAGAGGUGCAGGCUUAUGGAACGGAUUCCUGCACCCAGAACUCUCUGGAGGGCUCAGUACUUGGUUAAAGUCCUGGCUGCCUCACCAGAUGUAAUCUUCCAUCUGCCAUCUGGUCUCUGGGUGAGUCAGCAAAAUUAGUCCCCCUCAGCUGACCGGGCAUCCGCUGCCUCCCAAGGCUGCCCAGCAGCUCUGCAGGCCCUCCGGCACAACCUUCUGCUCUAGCCUGCCUGAAAAACAACCUCCGUCCCUUGACCCCAAUUCUGCCAAAAGUCACCUGGAGGUGUCUGUCAGGCUGUGGGCCAUUGUUUCAUUUCUGUGUUCUCUUGGAGACGCUCUGCAGGCCUUUAAGAAGAGCCUAACGAGGUGGAUGGGUGCUUUGAAGCACCUCAGCUCCGCUCACUUGCAUCACACUCCAGGGAGGGUUGCAGCUCACUUUGGAUGACAAGCCCGCCCCCCCCGGCCUUUCUCCAUUUGCUCUUGGAAAAGAAAACCCGGGUCACGGCUGCCCUGCCACGGUGUCCUUUAGGCAAACAAGCUUCUGGGGACAAGGAAACCUUGAAACAAAACUAGAAAAGGUGAGGCUUUGGCAAAAUAAACCAUCACAUCAAGAAUUUUUUUAAAGUGACCUUGCAGAAUGAGGAAAAGGGAAGUGCCAAUGUCCCAAAGAGUGAAAGGCACCAUGCAGUCUGCCAAGGGCUGUGCCUGUGGCAGGAAUCGAUCCAAGUCUUGAGCCAAGAUGAACAGCAUUUAUUGGUCCGAGACAACCCUGCCAGGCAACCCUCCAUUCCAGGCUGGACCUUUCAGAUCCUGCUCUGGGCAGGAGUUCAGAUCCUCCUCCCUGGAAGAUUCUCCCACAGAAGGCAGCUGGAUAGAUGCUCAGGCAGCACAUCUGACCUUCUCAAGGCUGUUGGAUGCCUCCCACUCCAGAUGCUUAGCUCUCCUGCUGUUGAUCUGGCAGGACUGAGAGCAGAGUUUGGCCUGCAAAGGGUUGAAGGGGUCCCUCUUUUCCAUGCCUUUCCUCUCCUGGCAUUUGGCCACUCUCGCCCGGCAGACCACCAGAAAGAGAAAAGUUAACAGACUCCAUGGCCCCAGAAGACAAAUAGUGGAUUAAGAGAUAAAAGAUAUAGGGACCUUCUUUAAUCAUUCAGAUUUGUUGGCAGAUGUUUUAGUAAAAAUAACCAGCCGUGAACCCUAUUUUUCAAGGUUUUAUGGUACUCACCAAUCUGUACUUGUUCAGGCUGACUCAGGGAUACAAAUGCUGAUGUAUCAUCAAUCCAACAUACGUGAAUGUUUCCUAAAAUUGGAAGGGGAAUGUAAACUCUAUUCUGCUCAGAUCUGUCCAAGCAUAGUGAAGAUGACACCCUGUGGACAAGGGCAGCUCUCAUCCUGGAGGGAGAAGAGUGAUGCCUCUGAAGCAGGGAGGGCCAGAAGGAAGAGCGACACCUCCCUGCACAGGGAUGCGUCAAGGGUGGGGCGGAGGCUUUGCGGAGUUUUCCUGCCCAAAAGAGCCCCACAAACCCCACUCCCGUUCACUCUCUAGUAACCAAUGCAAGGAUCCUUUGCUGUUAGCCUUCAAUUUUGCCCAACCCCCCAGAUGACCCUCUGCCAAAUUCAGCUGCUCUUUUGUAAAAAUUUGUCUACUUACCAAAAGCACUAAAGA